UAUUUUUGUUGAUUUAGAAGUUGUAACAGCUGUAACAGCAGUGGAUCUGACUCUAGUGGAUUCAAAAUUAAUUUCUACAGAUAUUGGCAAUUUAGCAUCAGUUGUAAGUGCCGCAGAUAUUGUGGAAAUAGUUGAGGGAGAGGGAGGUUUAGUCGUAGUGUUUGAUUCUUGA